GUAUUUACUAUAAAUGCAAUAUUUAAAACAUUAUAACGGAUUGUGGGCGCCAAUGAUGAAAGGUCAAUCCUGUUGGUGCAACUUGGACCAAUCAUAUAAGACCACGAUUGCAAUGGCGGCGUGGCUGAACAGUUUUGUGAUAUCGGGUGGUUAGAUAGAGGCUUCUAAAGCCAGCAACUUUGUUUUCUUAUGUAUUGAAAUAUUCAUAUUAUCGUGGCUCGCUCUUUUUAUUCAGUCAUGUAUCAUUGUGGUUUAUUAUUGGUCUUAUUGGAUCUGUCUUUCGAUGUGGUUGGAAGUGUUUCUCAAUUAGAAAUUGACAGGCAUUUGGAAUUAGGUAGAGAAUUUUUAGCAAAAGGACAAUUACAGGAUGCACUGUCACAUUAUCAUGCAGCUGUUGAGGGAGAUCCAAAUAACUAUUUGACAUAUUAUAAAAGGGGCACAGUAUAUCUAGCAUUAGGUAAAGCUAAAUUUGCACUUCUUGAUCUUGAUAGAGUUUUGGAAUUGAAACCAGAUUUUACUUCUGCAAGAUUACAACGUGGUAAUGUAUUACUUAAACAAGCUCAGUUUGAAAAAGCAGAAGGAGAUUUUCGAGAUGUGUUAGCAAUUGAACCACAAAAUUCAGAUGCCUAUAAUGCCUUAUAUAAAAUAGCACCUGCCCAAGAAGAUUUAUUAGUUGUAGACAGAUUAAAAACAAAUGGUGAUUAUGCAGCAGCUGUGCAACAAAUUACUAGAGUUAUAGAAGUAUGUCCAUGGUCAGCUGAACUUAGACAACGUAGAGCUGAAUUAUAUGAAGUACUUGAAGAUUAUAUUAGUGCUAUUUCUGAUGUACGUUCUACAACCAAAUUACAAUCUGACAAUACACAAGGAUUUUUAAAAUUAGCUACUUUGCAUUAUCGUCUUGGACAAGUUGAAGAAUCAUUAAAGGAGAUUCGAGAAUGUUUGAAACUUGAUCCAGAACAUUCAAAAUGUUUUUCAUUUUAUAAAAAAGUUAAAAAGGUAGCAAAAUUAUUAAUAUCUGCAACAGAAUAUGAGGAUAAAAGAGAUUAUACUAAUUGUAUAGAUUCAGCCUUGCCUAUACUUAAACUUGAACCACAAGUAAUCAAUGUACGUUUCCUUGCUCAUCAGCAUCUCUGUAAAUGUUAUACUAGUAAUCAGGAACCAACUCAGGCAAUUAAAAAUUGUCAUGAAGCAUUAAAAAUAAGAAAAGAAGCUGCAGUAUAUUGUGAUAGAGCAGAAGCUUAUCUUGCUGCUGAAAUGUUUGAUGAUGCUAUUAGAGAUUUUAAAGAGGCUUUAGAAAUUGAUAUGAGUCUACAAAGAGCAAAGCAAGGUCUUCAUAAAGCACAACAACGACAAAAACUUUCUGAAUCUCGAGAUUAUUAUAAAAUUUUGGGUGUGCCAAGAACAGCAUCUAAACGUGAUAUUAUCAAAGCAUAUAGAAAAGCUGCACAAAAGUGGCAUCCUGAUAAUUUUCAAGAAGGAGAAGAAAAGAAACUAGCAGAAAAAAGAUUUAUUGAUAUUGCAGCUGCCAAAGAAGUAUUAACUGAUGAUGAAAAAAGAGCAAAAUUUGAUCAAGGAGAAGAUCCAUUAGAUCCUGAAUCAGGAAAACAUCAACAAGGAUUUAAUCCCUACCAAGAGUUUCAUCACUUCCAUGGAUCUCCCUUCCAAUUUAAAUUCCAUUUUAAUUAGUUAUUUCUUUCAUUUUUUAUGGUUCUAGCUCAAAUAAAAUUCGUGAUUUCAUAAUGUCGUUAUGUAUGCGACACAACUUUUGCUAUUUUAGAUAAAAUUUCAUUUUGCUAAUCUACCUCGUCGGUAGUUAUAUGUUUUGCAUCUGCAUGGAAUCAGAAGACUGUAUGUGAAAAAUUAUUAAUUGGUCAGUAAGUCAAAAAAGUGACAAUUAAUUAAAACGAAUUAUAAAAUAUGAUUAAAUUCUUAUCUGAAUCAUAUAUAAAUUAUCUUACUAUCAUUUCUCAUAACUUGUUAUUGAAAUUUAACAUAUACAUAAUGUAAAUAAUGCAUGCACAUAAUUUAAUUCGUUAUUCAUAAUUUAUAAUAUAUGGAUUUUUAUAAUAAUUUUGAAUAAUUGACUUACUGAAUAACAUAUUUGAUGCAGACUGAACAUAAAAUUAGUUUUCAGCAAUAUUAAUAUUCUUUAUCAUCGAUAUAUAUAUUUAUAUAUAAUAAAUAUAAUAAUAUUUAUAUAAAUAUAUAUUCUAUAUAUAUAGAUAUAGAUUUCGUACCAUUGAUAUACGAAAUAAAAAUCGUGAUUAAAGUCGCAUUUUAAAAAAACUCUAGAACGUAUGCCGAAAAUAUGCUACCUAACAGCCUUUGGCUGUGGAUUAUUAAAUUUAGCUUGAAAUUGUGCGAUAAUUAGAUGAAGUAAAUAUAAUUAAAGUCAUUUUCAUAAUAUAACCAUCGAAUACAGAUACUUCAAGUAUAUAAAUAAAUAAUACUGUGGACUGACUGUAUUCGAUGAUAAAAUAUACAUAAGACAGUGCUGUGUGUAUGUUGUAUUUGCAUGAGUAUGAGAGAACAUUAUGUAAAUAUACUGUAUCUCUGAUAUUUGUUUAAAUAUAUUUGAAUAAUUUAUAAA